CAACCUUCCGCCGGAUUUCUACAUUUUCCACCUCGAAUCCACUCUCCGGAACGCCUCCUACCACCACCACCACCGCCACCACCUCACCCUUUGAACCACCACACAUGCAUUAGGUAUUACAAAAAAAUACAAUGGCACAGAACAAUGCAGGCCAGGGGGAGGACCUAAUAUGGCCUUUUGGUCGUCUCGAAGGCCUCGACGAGGACGACUUGUGCAUGGCCGCGUAUGAGAUAUUUUUCACCGCAUGCAGGUCGUCCCCGGGGUUCGGAGGAGGGAAAAAUGCACUCAGCUACUAUCCCUCCGAGGGGGAGGGUGGCGGAGGAGGAGGCGGAGGCGGAGGCUCCCCGAAAGGGCAUGGAGUGGGGAUGACAGUGACUAGCAAAAUAAAAAGAGCGUUAGGCUUGAAAUUGAUCAAGAAAAGGCCACCGUCUUCUAGAAGAACACACUCGUGGGGUUCGAUGCCGAAUAACGUUAAUUCGCCUCGGGAUUCGCCUCGUGCGAGUCCGUCGCCGAGUGGGAGUCCGAGGAUUGGGUUCACAGUGCCGGCGCACAAGCCGAAAAGGCCUUUGACGUCGGCGGAGAUUAUGAGGCAGCAGAUGCAGGUGUCGGAACAGAGUGAUAAUAGGCUUCGGAAAACGCUCAUGAGGACUCUUGUUGGCCAGACGGGGAGGAGAGCCGAGACCAUAAUCCUUCCUUUAGAGCUUCUCCGCCAUUUAAAGCCAUCAGAAUUCAAGACCGGCGGAGAGUACCACCUAUGGCAGAAGCGUCAACUAAAGCUUCUUGAGGCCGGACUACUUCUCCACCCUUCCAUCCCAGUCGAAAAAUCGAACAAAUUUGCCAUGAAAUUGAACGAAAUCAUCACUUCCUCCGAAAUCAAGCCUAUAGACACUGGCAAAAACUCUGAACAAAUGAAAACUCUCUGCAAUUGCAUUGCAGCCUUAGCAUGGCGGACCUCGGACAAUGAAUCCCCCACAGACGCUUGCCAUUGGGCUGACGGUUAUCCACUCAAUGUGCACAUCUACAUUGCCCUGCUCCGGACUAUAUUUGACACCAAGGACCAGACUAUGGUCCUUGAUGAGGUCGAUGAGCUCGUCGAGCUGAUGAAAAAGACAUGGUCUACAUUGGGGAUUAACAAGUUAGUGCACAAUAUGUGCUUCACUUGGGUGCUAUUCGAACAAUAUAUUCUCACCAGAGAAGUUGAGAUUGACUUACUUGCAGCAUCACUCGCUAUGAUGUCUGAAAUUGCACAUGAUGUGAAGACAGUUGAUCGCGAGACGGUGGUACAUGUGAAAAUGUUGAAGAGGGCUUUGUCUUCUAUCAAGAGAUGGUGUGAGAAAAAAUUGCUGGAUUAUCAUGCUAAUUUUAAUGAGUCAAGACUAGGGGUGAUGGAGAUACUAUUGCCCUUGGCCUCUGCAGUAACAAAAAUAUCCGAGGAGGUUCCUGGUUACGCUACUCUAGUACAAGACGACGGGGAUAUAGCAACUGAUCUAACUGGUAAUAGAGUAGAUCUUUACAUUCGAUCAUCUCUGAGAAAUGCAUUUGCAAAGAUGUUAGAUGAUGGUAACAUGAGUAGUGACAUAAUUGAAGUACAAGACGUGACCGAUGCACUUCUUCAAAUAGCGCAAGGGACACAUGAGUUAGCAGCGAAGGAAAGGGAAACCUACAGUUCAAUACUGAAGAAAUGGCACCCUGUUGCGGCUGGAGCUGCUGCAGUGACUCUUCAUACCUGCUACGGAACCUUGUUGAAGCAGUACUUAACUGGGACUUCACAUUUGCUCUCGAAUGAGGCCAUUGAAAUACUGCAUACAGCGGGAAAGCUAGAAAAGUUUUUGGUCCAGAUGGCAGUUGAGGAUUCAGCUGAAUGCUCGGAUGGAGGGAAAGCUAUUGUGAGGGAGAUGGUUCCUUAUGAAGUUGAUGCUAUUAUAACGAGAUCUCUGAAGCAAUGGAUACAAGAGAGGUUGAAAAGUGUUAAAGAGGCUCUCCAGACCGCCAAAGAGUCCGAGACAUGGAACCCGAAAUCAAAGAACGAACCAUAUGGGCAUUCAGCAGUGGAGCUAAUGAAACAUGCCAAGCAAGCACUUGAUGAAUUCCUUGAAAUUCCGGUUGGCAUUGCAGAGGAUAUAGCUCAUAACUUCACUCAGGGCUUAGAGGAACUCUUCCGGGACUAUGCUACAUUCGUCUCAUCCUGCGGAUCAAAACAGAGCUAUGUGCCAACACUCCCUCCACUCACAAGAUGCAACAGAGACUCGAAAAUCCGAUUAUUAUGGAAAAGGGCUAGUCCUUGCACAGUCACUCUCCAGGAUGCAGUAGACACUGACAACUUAGAAGGUAACAACAAUCCAAGGCCUUCAACUAGCCGUGGCACACAACGCCUUUACAUCCGCCUCAAUUCCCUUCAUUAUGUCCUCUCCCAGCUCCAAGUGCUUGAAAAAACACUCUCCUUGUCAACCACCAUCGUGGCCUCCCCACGUAACCGCCUCAAAAACCAUAGCCGCCAGCUCCACGCCAGCAACUACUUCGACCACACACGCUCCGCCAUCACCUCUGCAACUCAAUACGUCUCCCAAGUAGCUGCCUACAGACUAAUCUUCCUCGACUCCAACUCUGUUUUCUACGGAGGCCUUUACAUCCACGACGUGGAGAACUCACGCGUUCGACCAGCACUCAGGAUUCUGAAACAAAACAUGACCCUUUUAAGCGCGAUAGUCGUGGACCGUGUCCAACCAUUGGCAAUGAAAGAAGUCAUGAAGGCCUCAUUCGAGGCCUUCCUCAUGGUCUUACUAGCCGGAGGGGCCUCUCGUGUCUUCACAAGGCCUGAUCACCUCAUGAUCGAGGAGGACUUCGAUCAUUUAAAGAAAUUGUUCACUUGUGGAGAAGGUAUCGUCUCCGAGGACACAGUAGAGAAAGAGGCAAGAGCAGUACAAGGCGUAAUAGACCUCAUGGGAGACUCUACUGAGAAACUCAUCGGUGAAUUCACUCAUGCAGCUUGUGAGACUAGUGGCAUUGGAGGAGCUGGUGUAGGCCAGAAGUUGCCGAUGCCACCGACAUCUGGUAAAUGGAACAGAGAGGAUGCUAACACCAUUUUAAGAGUUCUGUGCCAUAGAAAUGACAGAGCUUCUAACCAUUUCUUGAAGUGGACAUUUCAGUUGCCAAAGAGGAGGUGAAUGAACAAUAGAUCAUGGAGAAUUUUUUAACCAAUGUUCUUCAAGAAUGUGCAAUUUGUUUCAAACAUUUCUAAUACAUUAUGUUUGUAUUUAAGUAUGUUAUGAGAUGUGAGCAUUGUUCUGGGGGAUUUGAGGUUCAAGAUUUUGAAAGCUAUGUGAAUUCUGUUGGUGAAAUGAGAAGCUAGAAGAGGAACAAUUUCUGUACAAGUGUGAUAUUUUGCUACCACAACAUGAGAAAUGUAACAUUUUUAUGUAUUGUGCAUAUCAUUUUGUUACCGU